UAUAAAAACAAUUUAGUUAACUAGUUAAUAGUCACUUAAUUUUGGGUACAGUAACUACUCAACUAAAUUAAAAAAAUUAGGUUUCAACACUAAUUAUGCAGAUAACUAAAAUAGGAAUAUUAAAUAUAUUAAGGAAAAAAAAUAUUUGCCAAAAUAAUUUUAAGAAAAAAAGAAUAAAUAUGUACCGAUUGUAACAUGAUCGGCUUCGGAAUUUCGAAUAAUCAUAUGAAAUCCAAAAAGAAUUUAUGUUUUACGCAUUGUUAUGGUUGGUUAUCAUGAAAAGGCUAUAUCAUUUGUUUUUUUUUAUUUUUACCGCUUAUUCUAAGAACCGAAUUUUUUUCGUAAAACAAAGUUAUUUAUCACUAUUAUACAUACUGUAUAUCACAUUUUAUUUGCGCAGGUGCGUUAGAAAAUAAACAAACCUAUAAU